CAAAAGGGUGGCGAAAACAUUCAGGUUGGCGUAGAAGUGGAGACCAACCUAAGAGUAGCAGAGAGUGUGGCGACCUUUGGAUAUCAGGUGGAUCUGCCCAAAGCCAACCUCAUGUUCAGAGGUAUGGUUGACAGCAACUGGACGAUCGGCGCUGUGUUGGAGAAGAAACUACUGCCCCUCCCGUUCACGUUCGCACUGUCGGGUCAGGUGAACCAUGUGAAGCAUGCCACCAGAGUCGGGGCCGGACUUUAUUUAGGUUAAUAGGCAUUCAAUUAAUAGACUAUUGCAUCCCCACUAGUAGUCAUAGAAGUCAUUAAAAUUUAUUUUAGCAUUUCUUUUAUUAAGAAAUCUUUCGAUUGAUUAUAUAUUAUAUAAUUUUAGUUGAGUUCGACUCCAGUUUCUCUUAAUUUUAAGGGAC